UCAAACGUAAAAGACAGAGGAUGCAACAAGCUGGAGAAACACAAAGCAAGACAUCCAUAUACUAAGAAUGAGUGAAACGCCAACAGAGCUUGAGCUAUCAAUCCAGCCAUCGUCACAGCCAGGCCUUGAGAGGGGGCUUCAGUCUCCACUUGUGUUUCAGCUGCCACUCCCCACCCAAGAUCCCUCUGAGACCCAUCAACAAACCCAGUCCCAGCCUGAGGUACAGCUGUCGGAGUCUAACCCCGAGCACCGGCACCAAGCAAAGCCACUGUGGAUAAAACAUCGAAGGCUGCUCCUCCUCUUUGGGGGGUUCUCCUUAUGUGCUGCCUUUCUGGGACUAAUUUACUAUAAGCACCAGAAUCUUCAGAGUAGGAGCAAUAACCAGACAGGCGCUGCGACUCCGUGUCUUUCCCCAGCCUGUCAGAGGGCCUCGGCCCAUCUCUCCACAUCUGCCGAUCCCUUCAAGGAGCCCUGUGACUACUUCUUGUUCACAUGUGGAUCUGACAGACUCUCACCAGACAGCGGGGGCAGACAAAGAGGACAGGGCAUCCCGGGACAUCCGCAGAACUACAAUGGGAAGUCUGUGUGGUCAGAGAGGAGAGGACACAGUAAAGAGAGAGAAGACAGAGGAGUGAGACAGGAAAAAAUAUUAGACAGGAAAACUGUAUUGCUGCAGUACCUCAGGGAGAUUUUGGAGUCGAACAACAGAGGCGGCAGUUCAGCAGUGCAGAAGGCCAAAGGAUUCUACAACUCCUGUUUGGACACAAGAGCCAUAGAAACAGCUGGAGUGGAGCCCUUCCUCACACUCAUCCAGAAACUGGGAGGUUGGGCUGCAUCAGGCCAAUGGAAUAAGACUGAUUUCAACUCCACCCUGAGCCUGUUGAUGAGAGACUAUGCCACCUUUCCCUUCUUCAACCUCUAUGUGGGCAAAGACCCAAAUGAAAUUGCCCGUGGUUCAACCAAAAGAUACAUACAGAUUGAUCAGCCAGAUCUAUUGAUCCCGAUUGAGUGGAACACCAAGACACAGAAGUCUCAAGCUAAAGCUCAGACACUACGUCGUUUCUUGGCAACAUGUGAGACAUACCUGGCCCUGUUGGGGGCCCCGCCCAGCAGCAGCAUGCUCCAUGUGGGCAUGUUCAUGUCUCUGUCCUCUGAGCUCGCUGUAGCUACUUCACCGCUGCAAUAUCGCCUGUCGAAAGGACAGCUCUAUCAGCGCAUGACCAUCAAAGAGCUCCAGAUCCAGGCCCCUGCCAUUGAUUGGUUGGGUUGUCUGCAGGCCGCUUUCCAUCCACUGAUCCUAAUGGAGGACGAUCCUGUCCUUGUGCAUAACUUGCCCUACAUGGUGCAAAUGACCCCCAUCAUUGGGAAAUGGCUGAACAAGCAUGAGCUGAGCAGCAGCGGCCCCCUUCAAACUUAUAUGGUCCUGAAUCUGCUGCACACCCUGAUGCCGGCCCUGGACUCCAGAUUUUCUGAAGCAGCAAAGAAUUUAUCUGUGACUCUGGGUAACACUGAAGAGCAGGUGGUUCCUCGCUGGAGACACUGUGUGUUGGAGACCGAGAGAGGAUUCGAUUCAGUUCUUACACACCUUCUGCGUGAAAGGACGGCACGCCGAGAGGCAGAGGAGGUGAUUCAAAAUAUCUUUUCCUCCUUCAAGUCCAAAUUACAUGAACUCAAAUGGACAGACAAGACGUCUCCCCAGUCUGUUAUGAAAAAGGUUCAUUCUUUAAAUCCAAGACUCUGGACUUCAAAUGAGAUCUCUAGUGAAGCUGAGCUUGAUCUGCUUUUUUCUAAGGUGUCAGUGAACACACACAGCUUCUUCUCCAACUAUGUCCAGCUACUGUCCUUGUGGCAAAAGAGGCGCAGAAAACUCCUGACUGAGCAGACCGAGAGGGUCGAUGUUCUGUCUGUCACACCGCUUCUCCUGGGUAAUGAGCUCCUCUUUCCCGUGGGAAUGUUUGUCCCUCCUCUCUUCCAUCCAACUUAUCCCAGGGCAAUGAAUUAUGGUGUGAUGGGUUUCCUUCUCGCCAAAGAUAUCCUCCACUUGCUUCUGCCUGACAUUUACUCUCAGAGUGAGACAGUGCGUGCUGUGGGGGAAUGUGUGUGGGCUCACUAUCUCACUGUGGCAGAAAGAACAAGCAGAGGUGGAGCAUUUUCUCUCUCAGCAGCACAGCAGCAGGAGGUGUGGGUGCAGUAUUCUGCACUGCAGAUAGCAUUGCAGGCUUAUCGUCAGAGUCUAAAGAGCCAUCCGGAGGACACCUCCAUCUCAGGAUUGUCACACACCCGCCUGUUUCUCUCAUCUUUUUCUCAGGUUAACUGUGACUUUGACCCCUACCAUGGAUUCAUGCCAUUGGAGCCCUCCUUUUUGAUUACAGUCAUUUGCGCCAAAUCUCACCUGUGUCCUUCACGCCUACAGUGUCCCAGUAAAACCCAGCAACAAACAUUACAAACAUGCUGAAGAGACUCCUCUGAAGACUGGCUGCACUUUUUCUUUUUAUUACUGAAUAUUACUCUGACAAGAUACUCACAUCCAUGUGGUGCUGUAACCAAGCACGCUGUGGAUGUUGGCAAACUGUUGUUACAAAGAAAGUUAAUAUAGAAUACCAACAGUAUGUACAACCCAAGAAACACUGAUGUUUGUUUUUUGUAUUAGCCUUAAUUGUUUAUAAGAUGUGUUUGCAUGUUCCAUUAAUUGCACAAGCUGUUUAGUAAUUAUUGAAAUAAAAAAAGAGACAUUUGGAAAAAAAAGCACCCAGAGCCUUCACUACCAAUGCAAGCAUUUAACAAUACUCCAUGAAAGUCCUGCAUUCAGGGAGGGAUUUGGCUUUUUUGCAAGA